AAGCAAAUAUGACAAGUAAAAUGAACAAAGUGCCGAUAGUUUAUCAUCAAGCAUAUAAUAUUGCCUUUUGGCAUCUCGAAAAGGUUCAUCCCUUUGACACACAAAAAUAUAAACGCAUUCAUAGAAUUCUUAUUUCAACUGGUAUUUUUGAUUUAACCUCUUUUUAUGAACCCUCUCCACCAACUCAACUUGAUUUAGCCAACCUUCAUUCCUCUCAGUACCUUGAUUCCCUAAAUAGUAGCUCUCAGCUACAAAAAAUUUUAGAGGUACCGUUUGUGGCAAUGUUACCACAUGUUUUAUUAAAGAAAAAAAUUUUAGAUCCUAUGCUAUUACAAACUGGUGGAAGUGUUUUGGCUGCAGAACUGGCAUUGGAAUACGGUUGGGGUAUUAAUUUAGGAGGUGGUUUCCAUCAUGCUCAUCACGAUGGAGGUGGUGGUUUUUGUGUCUAUGCGGAUAUUACUUUAAUGGUGGAAAAAAUACUAAGUAAAUAUCCAAACAAGGUUUCAAGAAUUAUGAUUGUGGAUUUAGAUGCUCACCAA